CUCGAGCGUGAGAAGCUGCACUCCAACCUAUCCCACUCCUAUCCGCGCUUUCCCGCGCACCUCCGCCGCCUGCUGCGCGAGCUGCGCACCUUGCUCGCCGAGCCGCACCCCAACACACUCAAAGUGAACAAGGUGGAGCCGUGGAACUCAGUGCGUGUGACGCUAUCCGUGCCGCGCGCGGCGGCGGCGCGCCUGCGGGCGCUCGCGGCGGCCGGGGCGCCGCAGCUGCGGGCGCUCGGCAUACUGUCCGUGCAGCUCGACGGCGACCAGGCCGUGUCGCUGCGGCUGCAGCACGGGACCGAGCUGCGGAUCAACACGGAUGAAGAUGCGAGCACCUCCCGCGCUCAACCCAACGCCGAGCUCCUCUCGGGCCUCGGCGGCAUCGGCCGGCUCCUCGCCGACGACGGAGCCUCCACCAGCGCCGAACCUCCCCGGGACAACUUCAAGAGUCCCAACACUGUGUGCCCCAUGGACGGGAAACUGCCGCAGAACAUACCUACCCCUACGUCGGAUAGAUGCGAGUUUCCGUUCGGAAGUAUGACGCAAGCUAGAGUCAUACAUCGGAAAGAGAAUACGCUAGGUAUACCCGGCCCCGCGACCGUCCGCCCGCCGGCGGAGUUCCCCCGCCCCUCCACGUCGUUCGCGGGCCCGCCCCCGCCCUACCCUGCCAAGACGCCCCCCAACGUGGCCAUGUCGUCGCCGCUACUGGUGAACCUGCUGCAGAACGAUGCCGCCGCUCCUGCGCCACGACCCAAGCUGCCCAAGCCGCACACGGCGAAGCUGGACACUCAGGAUGGACAGAUGGAGCUAGCCGUCGGCCGCCUGCCGUUUGAGUACCGCGCGCCACGGCCGCCAAUGCCUCGGCCACCGGCCUCGCCCGCGCCGACGCCGCCGCCGGGGCCGCCGACACCGGGGCCGACGCCGGGGCCGCCGCCGGGGCCGACACCGUCGGCUUCCCCGCGCCCCGCGCCGCGCCCACCGCCGCCGCGCCGUGUAGCGCCGCCGCAGAGGCCGCAGCUGCCGCAGCAGCCUGUCUACAGGGCCCCGCUAACGCCCGGCACCGCCGCCGCCGGCCUACGGCCGCGCUACCCCUCCCCCGGCUACACGGCGGAGUUCGCGCCUCCGCCGCCCUACAAGCAGUACCCAAGGCCGCGCCUGCAGCCCGUCACCCACGAGGACCUGCAGGCCCUCAUGCCGCCCUCCACCACCUCCAUGGACCAGAAGACGCAGUCCAGCUUCCAGGAGUUCCAACGUUACCAGCAGCAGUACAACGCGCGGCAGCGUGCCGCCUCGGCUAGCGCGAGGGCCUCCGGCACCACGGCCGACUGGAACGAGCCCUACCGGGACUCCCUCGCGCUGUCGCUGCCCGACCUGCCCGAUAUCGACCUCGACCAGCUGCAGCCCACGCUUGACGUGCUCGACGACUCCGCGCUCGCCUCCAUCUCCGACAACCUCCUGUACACCGAGUCGCGCGAGCAGCCGACACCCGACGCUAUACUCCAAGAGAUCGCCGGCCCUUUCAACGGGCCGUACGAGUCGCCCGCGCCGAGCGUCAACUCCCCGAGCCUCCCGAGCGCCCCCACUACACCCAAUACACCCAGCGCCCCGCCGCCGCCAGUGCCUUCUAAAGACAACAUGCCCCCUCCCCCCGCGCCCCCCGAACCCGCGCCCUUCCGCUCCCCGCCCCCGCCCCCGCCCGCGCCCCUGCGGCCUACACCCCGCCCCGCGCCGCCCGUCGCCACCGCCACCGUCGGCUCCCAGGCUACCGCCCGCGAGAUCGAGGAGCAGAGCAAGCAGUACCUGAUAAAGACGCUCAUGCGCGACGACGCAGACAUCCCGCCGCCGAAGGAGGACAAGAAGCUCGAGGAGCUGACGGUGGCGCAGUGCAAGCGCGAGGGCGGCGAGCCGGAGAUGUUCGGCAUCGCGAAGACCACCACCACCGAGGAGGACUCGCGCCCGGACGCGCUCAAAUUCCGGAAAAAGGACCCCCUCGCGCAGAAGGGCGGGAAGCCGCGGACCACCGGCGCUAAGGAGAAGCCCGCCACGCUGAAGGACAAAAUCGUGCGUGACGUCAAGCCCGCCAAACCCGCCCCGCCGCGGCCGACCACGACGGCCGAAGCGCCUCGCUCGCCGGGAGAAAAAGAAUCCUUAAAGCUCCGGUUAAAGUUGGAUAAGAACGAGCCCGUGGUCCAGCCCGUCUACAAGGCGGACGUCAGCUUCACGAACCCGCGGCCCGGCGAGCCCGAACUGCGCGUCCCUCCCCUCCACAUCUCCCUGCGGGGCCGAAACUCCGCCGUCAUCAAAAACUCCAAGAAGGAGAAGAAGAAAUUCGCCCCGGGGGACCUCCACAAGAAACUCAAGAUAAGAAAAAACUCUGAGUCGGACGACAAGCAUCGCCGCGAGGAGGAGACGCCCUCGAAGCCGGUCGAGCCCACCGAGAACUCGAAGGACGAGUAUCUCCACGUGAAGAGCUUAAAACUCAACAACCACUAUGAGGGCGACUCGAUAAAGACCGAGAUCCCCGGCGACAACAACGUGGUCUAUCGCAUGAAAACGAUAUCCAAAAACGCCCACAUAGUCACAAAGGACUACAAGCAUCUCAACAACAAAGUCCAGAGCUUAGACAGUCUAAAGAAAAAGAAGUCCAAACUGCUCACCGACAGCGGCAAAUCCAUGGAGAAGGACCGCGACAAAGAGUGGAAGAACGACAUGCUAGACAAGGAGGGGAAGUACGCCCAGAACGAGGGCUAUAGAGAGACGCCAAACAACCACGAGGUUAAGAAGAAGUUACCCGACAAGGACGCGAAAUGUGAUAGUAAAACGGACAGCAAAGAGGAACCGAACAGUGAGAGUGUUAGUGGUGCUAGUGAGUUGGAGAGUAGGUUGCUCAAGUGUCAUAAGGAGCGGACGCUCAGUGCGGACGAGAGUGCGGACAAGUGCAGCGAUGACAAUAAGCUCAAACGGACUGUGGACGGCGUCGUGUCGCCCAACGGGCUCAUCACGGAGAAGAAGAGGAAGAUUAGCCAUAGUUCCUGUCCAGAGCCGGUGGGGUCCACCAACGUGGGCACCGUGCGCGUGUCCCCGCCGCGCGCCGCCGCCUCCCCGCCGCGCCGCCGCGAGCGCCCCAAGGACAAGUCCUACUGCAAGCUGGUCGCCGAGCGCGCCCGCCAGGCAGCAGGCCAGGCGCAGGACCGCCAGGACCGCCCCGACCGUCCCGACGACAAGUUCGUCGCGCGCUCGCCGGGACAGGCUCAGGGCGAGGACUCGGGCAUUGAAUCCAUGGACGCACUGUCAGAGAAAUCCCCCAACCAGGCCAGCCAGAGCCCUCCCGGCCCGCAGCGGAAAGAACGCCUCGACAUGCCGCGCUCCACCUCCCCUACCUCCGUACAUCGCAUCAUAGGCGUCCCUCCUCCGGCCUCGGAUGAGCUCCUAGAGAGGUUGGCGUUAACCGCACCCCCGAGGUACGAGCCGCCGCCCGAUCUGGAUGAUCUAGGCGAUAUAGAGGCGGAGCUGGCGAAAAUGCACGGCGACCAUGACCAACCUUCACCAAAAGUUAACGGCGAUGACGCGCCGCGCAGACCCCCAGAUCCACCCCGACCUCCCACUCCGAUCUGCCGCGACCCUGACUCCGAACCGCAGCCGGAGGAAAGCGUGAAAGAGGAGCCAAAAAAAGAGAAAGUAGACGAUUUUGAUCCGCUCCCGAGCAGGGUCAGCCCGCCGUUAUAUACGUAUUCGAACCAGGAGAAAGGCGCGACGGAGGAGGUCAAAGAGGAAAAACCUGUAGCAGAAAACGGCGAGGCGUCGGAGGAACACAAGGAACCGGACCCUAAACUGGAGAGGCUCCCUAUAAAAGCGGAUUUCCCCGAUAAAAGUCUACUGGAGCAACUUCUCAUAGAGAUCCCCACUCCGGAGUACGUGGCGAAGAGGCCCGAGUCGCCGUCCCCGUCGGCCUUAGAGAGGGUGGCCAGGAGUAGCGUCCGGACGAGGUCCAGCAGCAAGAUGAACAGCCCCGCGGACGGACCCAAGACACCCCGUCUCAGCCCCGGGAUCCCCAAACUGGAAACGAGGUCCGACUCCCCCGCGCUCCAGAACCCCCCCCGCAAUUGCCUCAGGAGCGGCUCAGUAGAUAAAACUAGCCCGAAAACCGUGAAUACGGUCGCGACGGUGCCGGUCAAACCGGCGCCCGGAGCGAAACGGAAGCGGAGAGAGUCUGAAAGCUCCUGCGCGUCAACAAUCAGCUGCGAAGAAGGCCUAUCACCCGCGGGGAGACCUAAAAAGAAGCCCCGCCGCGUCGACGGCGUCAAACAACCACCCGGCGCCGAAGGCCAAAAGGAGGGCCGAAAAAAGGACUCUGACAGCGACAGCGACGAGCCUCUAAUCUGCAAGGUGCGAGGGAAGACGCCAGCGAAAGUAGUCAAAGUGGUGAAGGCGGUGAAGGGGCCGGUGGAGGCGGUGAAGGCGGCCGAGACGAAGGGCUUGGGCGCGGAGGGGGUGAACACGCGGCGCUCGGGGCGCCAGGCGCCGCCGCCUGGGGCGCCGCCGCUGCCGCCCGGGGCCCCCGCGGCGCCCGGAGCGCCCGCCCGCAGGAAAACCAGGAGUGCCGUGGAGGCCGGUCCGCUGGCGGCAGGCGUGCGACGGCGCCGCACGUCGCGCGACGGCAAGUGACGGCGGCGCCGCGCGGAGCCCCGCCCCGCGCCCCACACGCCCCACACACCACACACACCCCACACGCCCCACACGCCCCACACCACACCCGCGCCACAACACAUCCUGCUCUACCCGCGCGACUGAUGACCGAGCACUGGAGGCCGGUAUGCCACGACUGAACCUUGACGAUCGCUGUACCCAUACCGUGAGCUCUCGCUUAUACUGAUGUACUGGUGCCGGCGAGUACGCAGACGCUAGUGACAACCGUGUUAAACUCGUGGUAAGGGUACUGUAGGUAUCGCAACGAGAGGCGGGUGAUAGGCCUUCCUCGCAGUAACCUUGAGUAUUAGCGAUUCAGCGUUUUUACGCAGUUCUUUAGGGCGAAAAUUUGCAAAACUUACUUUUAUAUGGAGUUGGACGGCGAAUGCAAAGUAACAAGUUGCCAGGCAAACAUUGUUUGUAUGCGAUAGCCAUCCAGUGUUCUAUCAAACUUAACAGGCAAAAUUGUUAUUGUGAUGCUUUGAAAACAUUUAUAUGAACCAAAAAGUCCAUUUGAUUAAAUGUAACUUAGUUAAAACGCUCGACAUUCAUUGAAUAAUCAAUACUACAAUCAGUCAUUUUGCAAUACUCUCGCUGCGAUGCCUAUAUAAAGUGUCUGAAUUUAAUUCUUAUGCUUAGGGAACCGCUGUAUACUUAGUUCCCGCCCGCUAGAGGGUGCUGUCAAAUGUACAGCCUCCGGUGUAUGUGGCUUUUGGUUUUAAACUGAUUUUUCCUUUCAACCCACAAAAAGAUUUAAUUAUUGAUGUGCACCUACCAAUAUCAAAUACCAUUUUUUGGUUAGUUUCAAACCUACUAGCUAGUAGAAAAAGUUGACUAUUGCAUGACCUAACUCUUUUUCAUAUUGUUUUCAGCUUACGGUUUUUAUUAUGUGAAUGAUGAAUGAAAACUCAGUUUAAAACCAAAAAACUUCACCAGAGUCGCGUCAUUCACUGUACCAAGCUUACCCUUUGAGUCUGACGAAGACGCAAUCAAAAUUAAAUUGUAAAUUUAAAAACAAGAUGGUUUUUAGUUGGCAAGAGACUACAGGGGCUACGCGUUACUGUGCUUACUUACACGGUGUGCCUUCAAUGCGGUUUGCAUGAGUGGUUUGAACGUUCGUUGUUCUAUUAUCAAAAUUAUCUUAUAAUUAACCAGUUUGCGCGUGUUUAGAUUUGGCGAAUCUCAAGUUCAUUCGAUUAAGGUCUAAAUCGGAUAGGGAUAGGGCGGUGUGCGUGCUUAUUGUUAGAUAUCGUGCAAUAAUAACGGUCUGAGGCGAGCUAGCGUAGUCUAUUCACAAUAAAUGUCUGUGGUCUUGCUGUGAUUCCAUACAAGUAUGUAAGGAGUGGCAUUCGUUGUAACCACAGAUAUGAUACAGAGGAUAGCCGAUUUUUUUACCCGACACGGGAUAUCGCGGUCAAAUGCAGUGUUGGCACAAAUAUCUGGACACCUAAAAAACGUAAGGUUGUCUGGAAGAGAUCGCUCUUUAGCGAUAAGACCGCCUGUUGUCUGCCUCUAUUUGAUCAAUCGUUCUUCUCAUUUGUAUCUUUUUACUAAAGGGUGCGAAUAAAGAGUAUUCUAUCUAUCUAUCUAUUUUCCUUUGAUUCACGUUAAAAAAAGAAGUUUUAGUGUAACCUUAUCCAGCCUUUUAAUUUGUAACUUGCAAAAAUGGAAUUUGUUCUUUAGGAAUCACAAUGGGCAGGGCGAGGUUUCAAGGCUCUAGUCUGCGUGUUCAGAUAUUUUUGAGCACCUCGGUACAUAUGUAAAUGCUCGUCGGUGACAGUUACUGGCACAAAAGUUGUAACAUGUGUUCGAUUUAUAAGAAAAAGUGUGUAUCAAAGUUAUUUAGUCAGAUAUUUUUUUUGGCAAAAUUAAUCUAAAUGGCUUUAAGGUGUUCAGAUAUUGGAGAAAGCGAUAUUUGAUAGCGAUUUCCCGAAAAUCCGUCUAAGCGAAUAUGCACCGACUGGGCGGGGACCAAGUGUGGCAGCGCCACUGUUAACGUGACAUUUUCAGUGGAAUUUAACGAUUAUGGUGGCCCUUCCACUCUCCCUAGCACAGUCUGUGUAGACCUUAGGUCCACCCCACACUAUCAUCUCCCGAGCGUCGGCGUCUAGUCAACUUUAUGGCUGCUGCUCGACGCAACGUUGGCGCAACUGCGCAGCGACGCCAUUUUCCAUAGCGCUGACUAGACGCCGACGUUUAAAAGACGCUAGUGUGGGGUGGCUCUAUCUUUGUAGAUGUUAUCUACCGCAUAUUUGAAUCUAGAAUCGUGGACGGCCGGUGUAUUUUUACUCGUUUUAUUUUUAUUUAGUGAACAAAUCAUGUUACCAUUCACUAUAAUGCACUCGACAUUUUAAGUGUAACUUAAUUUCUGAGUAAUUUUAAGUAAAAGCUUUUGGCGCAUUGGGAUGGCGUUGGACAUGUUUCUGUAGGGAAUGUGACCGUGAAUAAAAAAAAUGGAGGCGAAGAGUAGCCCAAGCAGGAGCCUUAGUUUAGAGGUUAGGUGUAUCGUUAUUGUACAAAAGCACUCGACUGUAGGCACAUUUGUUAUAUACUCAAAGACAUGGAAUUUGGCGAACUUGACGACUUAGUUGCGUGUCUUCGACUAUAAAUAGGAUAAAUAACCGAGAGAUAUAAAAUGAAAUAAAUGCAUAAAGUUUUAAAACAUAUUUUCAUACGUUUUUGCACGUAACUUGUGAACGCCGCGGCGUGUAGUGCGUAGUUGACGUUUUGGAAGACGCCAUUUUGAAUUUGACUCUGAUUUGAAGUUUUAGAUUGUAGCUCUGGAGCGAUAUUUUAAUACUGGUUUUACCUCGAUGAAUUUUGUGAAUCAACUACCUCAUUUGGUGGUAUUAUACGCAUGGAGGCUUGCCGCGCGAUCGUGCCUUGUCUGUACCUACUGCUGCUGACUACCUCCUGUAUAAUACUACCAAAUGUAAAAGCACUUUAACCAAAGUGGCGUUUCCCCAAAACGCGGCCGCUAUUACGAUACGAUUGUAACGUUAGCGUAAUAUUUAAGAGAAUUCACGACCAAUAAUUGUAAUUUAAAUGUGAAACGAUACUUGGAUAAUUUCUUAGUGAAAUGAUAAUAAUCGCGACUGAGUGUUUCAACAGUUUGUCUGUAUGGGCUUCCAGUAUACUAAACAAGUUUUAUUUUGACGCCCUUUAUUAUUUUCUUUCCCUAUCCCAAUUUUAGAGCGCGAUAUAUUGUUUUAAAGGACCUCUCGAUUUGCCGAUUAAAGCUGUUUUAACUAGUAAUAGAAAUUUUAACCGUACCGAAUAAUUCUCUCUAGAAAAUUCAAAGAUUUAACAAAAGAACAGUAGAGAAUAACGUAUUUUUUCGGCAAUUAAGAAUCCAUAUUUUAUUAGGACAUGGUUUUUAACAAAAAUAUCGGUGUUCGAUACCAGUGACCUUUAAAUACUUUUAAGCUUUUGUUUUACACUGUAAAUAAUAGAUGGAAUUUUUUAACAUAUAAGUUGCGUAAUUAGAUGCUAGAUAUUUAUUAUCACUUCAUACAACAGUCACUUAAAAUAGAGUUAAAUAUUCUUUAUUAUAAGUAACUGCACGUUUGGUCAUGUUCAUCGUAUAGCCCCCUCCACACUCGUGCGCGAAGCCGCGUAGUCUGGAGCGAGCUUUUGGUGCAAAUUAGAGUAAUUGGUAUUCAAAAUUUAACCUUCAAUAUUUUGCCUUUAAAAUAACAAAUGAGCCGAGGGUGCUCCCAGCAAAUAGAUGAACAUGACUUUAGGCACAGGCGACAUUAUGGACGUAACAAUUUGUAAAAUACAUCUUCUGUCACUUUGUCAUCUGAACUAGAGGCGUUACAACGUGCCACACAAGUUUUAUAAUAGAAAAAUUGGCGUAUAUCAUUACAUGUACAUAUAAACAAGAAAGUAAUUAAUUACAAAUACACUAAAUAGGCGCGACUCAGCAUAAUCGUGACAUAGAGAUGGCACUAGUUUUCAGGGCAUCCAGGAAAACCUAAAAAACAUAGUGUACUCAGUUACAUUAUUUGUCACAAUUAUUAUAAAAUUCGCUUUAUAGAAACUUCCAUCAUAUUGCGUCUUAACUUGUUAUCCUCAUAAUAAAUUCAUGUAACCUGUUGAAAAUUAAAUUUUCUAAUUCAAAACUCAAGGAAAUGAUUUGAACGAUAUAUUUUGGAUGAUAAAUUCAAAUCUCAAUGAACGACGACGCUCAAUGAGGGUGCGGAGUGUUAGGGUCGGCAACGCGCAUGUAACUCCCCUGGAGUUGCAGGCGUACAUAGGCUACGGAGACUGCUUAAUAUUAGGCGGGCCGUAUGCUUGUUUGCCACCGACGUAGUUAAAAAAAAAUGUAAUCUAUUUUCCAGUAACGGUUAUAAUAUGCAGCAAUCAGAGUUAAUGCAAAAUAAAUGUAUAAGACAGCGCCAUCUAGUUCAAAUGGUAAACAACCGAAGCUUGCACUCGCACGUGUCUAACCUAGUUGUCUGUGCCGUACGGUCGCCACGUCUAGUUUCUGUUCCUAAGUCUCCAGGGACUCUAUUCAAAGCAAUAAUUUGAGGAUGUGACUUUUAUUUGAGACCGUCUUACGCGGCCUUAGAACCACCCCUUCGCUCAGUGUUCGCUGUUCAGUCCGAGUGAUACAAUACAAAUGUUAGUACGUACAUAGUAUGUAUAGGAUAUUUAUAGUACAUUGCCUGAUAUUGUGCCCUUUAACGUGUGAGGAGCGUGUGGUAGUGGUAGUUAGUGGUGGCCCAUCAGCGGGUGUUGUCUAAAAACGUUUGUUUUUUUCAUUUGUUUCAUAGUGCGGUUGUAAAAUUUUAUGUAUAGAUGGGGAAAUUAAUAUAUGUUACGUGUUAAGUACGUUCGGUAUAUGAUUUGCGAGGUUUCGUUGUACAUAGAUGGCGCCUGCUGUAGGUCGGCGUGGACUCCAGUAGGAAUGCAAAGCCUUAAUGUAUUAUACAAGCAUGAAUUGCAAGUGUGUACCAUAUAAUUUUAGUGAAAGGACUCUCAUUAACUAGCUCUGUAUAUUGGGUGUAUAGUUAUCCUUACUGUUUUUUUUUUCGACUAAUGAUAGUAAUUUAUGCCGAUAAAUCUAUAUUAUACAUUUAUAUAUAUAGUAUGAAUAAAAGAGGAAUACAAAUAGUUUUAACAUUAUAAAUAUAGGUUAGGGGUUACACCAUUCUUGAUAUAGCGUAUAGUUUUGGUAUGUAAACAUUAUAUAACUUGUAAAUAGAUUGCAGAAAUAGUAAAUAAAAAAAAUUGAUACAAUAAAAUUAACUUUAUGUUAUUGUAAUGUUUUCUAGUUCGUGUUGUUGGGCGCCACCGCGCAAUCGAUUUAGGACAAUGGUAUGAAGCCUGUACAUUUUCGUUGCUGGCAAUUCUAUAUCUCGUCUGUCCUCUUUUAUUGUGCAUUAUUUCUCUGUAAGUUGCUUUCACUGUCGUUCUACAUUAUUUUUAAAUCAUAUAAUUAUAUUUCAUAAAGUACGAUGAGUCAUGGUGAAUUAUUAUCAUAUUAUUAUGAAUGAAAAGAAAUAAGGAAUAUUAUUGUUCUGCUAUUAUUAAAUUUGUAAAGUUAGUUUAUUAAUAAAUGAAUAAAAAUA